ACUAAAAAUAAGAACGAAUUACAUUCUGAUACUUCUAUGUGGUAACGUUUCUAUUUCUUGUUCACAAGAUUUGUUUCGAAGCUAAAUAUUUAGUUUUUAGUUUACCUUUUCAAUUUUGGCUCUACCUUAUCUGCCUUUCUUUUGUGAAAUGUCAAUGGAUUGUCAUAUGUCACUCAGAAUAAAGCUGUCAUCUGUCAAAGAAAUUUCAAACGAAAAUGACAAAUUGACAAGUAGACGUGAUAAAUAAUUAUUUAAAGAAGAGAUGUUUUAUAAUGUAACUCAGUUUUCUUUAGCACUGUAUAAAAACAGUCGUGUUUAAAAUAAAUGUAAGGCAGGUUUAGGUGGUUAUAAUCAUAUAAAAAUGUCGUUAGCUUGUUUAGCAGCAGGAGAUAUAUUUAUACCAGUAGAGAUAGAAGAGGGCGAUAUCUAUGCGGGAAUAUUUAAAGUGCUUGAAAAAAUUAGACCGGAUUGGCCUUCCGAGAGAAUAAAAUUUAAGCUUUUCACCGAUGGUAUUACAAAUAAACUUGUGGCGUGUCACUUGAGCAAGGAUAUUGGUGAAAGUGAUGAUAUUGUGCUUGUUCGCAUUUAUGGAAAUAAAACUGACCUACUUAUAGAUAGAACUGCCGAAAUAAGAAACAUCACCACACUUAAUGUACUUGGCUUGGCACCAAAAAUGUAUGGGGUAUUUAAGAAUGGUCUUGUCUAUGAAUAUUUUCCUGGUGUGACUCUCAAUACUGAAACAGUAAUUGAUUCAAAAAUUGCUACAAUGGUUGCUCAACAGAUGGCAAAAAUGCAUAAAGUGGAACUUGGAAAAGAAAUUGCAAAAGAACCUAUGAUAUGGGAUAAAAUUGAACAAUUCCUCUGUUUAAUACCUGAAUCAUUUACAAAAGAAGAGAAACAAAUAAGAUUUGCAAAUAGUUUUGGAUCAGUAACAAGACUAAGGAUAGAGUUUGAACGGCUUAAAUCGCAAUUAAUCAAAACUGAGAGCCCACUAGUGUUUGCUCACAAUGAUUUGCUUCUAGGAAACGUGAUCUACAAUGAGUCCAAAGGGACGGUCUCAUUCAUUGACUAUGAAUAUGCCGCAUAUAACUACCAGGCUUAUGACAUAGCAAAUCACUUCAAUGAAUAUGUUGGUUUGUCUAUAGAUGACAUAGAUUAUAGUCGAUAUCCAGAUAAAGAGUUCCAAAUGUUUUGGAUUCGUACGUACUUAUCCGAGUAUUGCGGUGAGAAGCCCAGUGAGGAGGAGGUGCAGAAAGUGUACAAGGAGGUGCAGCGACUGUCGCUCGCCUCUCACUACAUGUGGGGCAUCUGGUCUCUAAUACAAUAUGAACUCUCAGAUAUUGACUUUGAUUUUGGAAGGUAUGCAGAAAUACGGCUGAACAGAUACUUUGACCAAAAGGAUAAAAUUAUUAGAGAAUUUAAAUAACAUUUAUUUAGUUCUGCGAUAUAAAGGAAUUUUGAGCCGAUUUAAGUUAUUGUACAUGAUAUUAUAAAAUAUUCCAUAUAAAUUAAGAAUUAUAUAACCGAAAUAAUCAAAAAUAAAUG